GGUGAAGCAGUGGCUUCUAAACCACAACCAGAACCACAGGCCCCAGACCUGCUCCAACGAUCUCCUGCUUCUUUGCAUGAUUGCCAGAAGGAACCAGAAAGAGAAAGAGAGCAGGGGCCGGGGGCUCAGCCGGAGUCGGGGCGCCCGGUACAGCUGGUGCAUCUGGACGAGGAAGGGAACUUGACCCUGGACGAGGAGGCCCUGAGCGGCUGCCUGGAGCAGGGUGGGGUGGGGGAUGCCCCUGUCUGCCUGGUCUCCAUUAUCGGGGAGCAGCGCUGGGGCAAAUCCUUCCUGCUGAACUACCUGCUGCGCCGGCUCCAGAGCCCGGACGUGAGGGACGAGUCAUGGAUGGGCCAGGAGGACAAGCUCCUAGAGGGGUUUGAGUGGCGUGCGGACGAGCAGCAAGUCACCAAGGGGGUGUGGGCAUGGAGUCUGCCCUUCUGGGUCCCAGCCAAGGGGGGAAAGGUGGCCGUGCUGCUGGUCGACACCGAGGGCUCCAUGGACAUUGAAAGGAACAAGGAGACCAGCAUCAAACUCUCUGCCUUGUCCAUGCUGCUCAGCUCCUACCAGAUACUAAACAUUGGCCGCCGGGUGAAGGACCCGGAUCUCGAAUACCUGGAGAUGUUUGUGCAGGUGGCCGAAGUGGUGGGAGAAGCCUACGGACUGGAGCCCAUUCAGCAUCUAGACUUGCUGGUGAGGGAUUGGAGCAGCUCCCAGAUCCUCGGAGUCCAGGGUGGUGAGAAGUAUCUGAGACAAAUCAUACAGAAGCUGGAGGCGACAUCCUCCUGCAAACACCCCAAGACCCUGGAAGUGCUGAGCAGAAGCAGGAGCCGCUGCUACCUGAUGCCCUUACCUGGGAAGCGGAUCAUGAUGGGGAGCAAGGGAACCCUGAGAGACAUGGAUGAGGAUUUCCGGGAGAGCCUGAGUGACUACGUCACCACCCUGGUGAGCUCGGCCAGUCAACACAUCCAGACGGACCGGCAUGGGGAGCUGCUCACCGGGACACAGCUCGCUGCCAAGAUAAAGAAUUUAUCUGAUGUGAUGAAGAAACAUUGCUUCGGCUUCUCCUCUCCCUGUCAGAUGGCCAUCACCUUCCACAACCAGAGAGUCAUGGACAGAGCCCGCGCAGGCCAUGCUGUGUUUCUGAGGGAGAAGGACGGCCUGUCCCAGCGCAUGGCCGACUGUCUGAAGGUGACACCGAGCGCAAUGGCGCAGCAGUUCGGGGAGCAGCGCAAGUCACUGCUGGAGCGGUUCCGGGAGGAGAUGAAGGAGCCGGAGGAGACCCUGCUGACAGCGCUGGAGACGGAGCUGACUCAGGAGGCCAACACCUUCCUGGAGACCUACAGAAGGCGCUAUCAGAGUCACGCCACCAACAAGAGUGUCAUGGACAGAGCCCGCAGAGACCAAGCUGACUUUUUGAGGAAGAAGGACGGCCUGUCCCAGCGCAUGGAUGACUGUCUGAAGGUGACACCGAGCGCAAUGGUGAAGCAGUUGGCGGAGCAGCGCAGGUCGCUGCUGGGGCAGUGCCGGGAGGAGAUGAAGGAGCCGAAGGAGACCCUGCUGACGGCGCUAGAGGUGGAGCUGACUCGGGAGGCUGAGACCUUCCUGGAGACCUACAGAGAGUGCUAUCAGAGGCACAACAUCAACCAGAGAGCUAUGGACAGCGCCCGCCGAGACCACGCUGACUUUCUGAGGAAGAACUCAAUGCAGGAUGGCCUGUCCCAGUGCAUGGCCGACUGUCUGAAGGUGACACCGAGCGCAAUGGCGCAGCAGUUCGCAGAGCAGCGCAGGUUGCUGCUGGAGCGGUGCCGGGAGGAGAUGAAGGAGCCGGAGGAGACCCUGCUGACAGCGCUGGAGACGGAGCUGACUCGGGAGGCCGACACUUUCCUGGAGACCUACAGAAGGCGCUAUCAGAGUCACGCCACCAACAAGAGUGUCAUGGACAGAGCCCGCAGAGACCAAGCUGACUUUUUGAGGGAGAAGGGCAGCCUGUCCCAGCGCAUGGAUGACUGUCUGAAGGUGACACCGUGUGCAAUGGCGAAGCAGUUGGUGGAGCAGCGCAGGUCGCUGCUGGGGCAGUGCCGGGAGGAGAUGAAGGAGGCGGAGGAGACCCUGCUGACGGCGCUAGAGGUGGAGCUGACUCGGGAGGCUGAGACCUUCCUGGAGACCUACGGAGAGUGCUAUCAGAGGCACAACAUCAACCAGAGAGCCAUGGACAGCGCCCGCCGAGACCACGCUGACUUUCUGAGGAAGAACUCAAUGCAGGAUGGCCUGUCCCAGCGCAUGGCCGACUGUCUGAAGGUGACACCGAGCGCAAUGGCGCAGCAGUUCGCAGAGCAGCGCAGGUUGCUGCUGGAGCGGUGCCGGGAGGAGAUGAAGGAGCCGGAGGAGACCCUGCUGACAGCGCUGGAGACGGAGCUGACUCGGGAGGCCGACACUUUCUUGGAGACCUACAGAAGGCGCUAUCAGAGUCACGCCACCAACAAGAGUGUCAUGGACAGAGCCCGCAGAGACCAAGCUGACUUUUUGAGGGAGAAGGGCAGCCUGUCCCAGUGCAUGGCCGACUGUCUGAAGGUGACACCGAGUGCAAUGGUGAAGCAGUUGGCGGAGCAACGCAGGUCGCUGCUGGGGCUGUGCCGGGAGGAGAUGAAGGAGCCGGAGGAGACCCUGCUGACGGCACUAGAGGUGGAGCUGACUCGGGAGGCUGAGACCUUCCUGGAGACCUACGGAGAGCGCUAUCAGAGGCACAACAUCAACCAGAGAGCCAUGGACAGCGCCCGCCGAGACCACGCUGAGUUUCUGAAGAAGAUGGAUGGCCUGUCCCAGCGCAUGGCCGACUGUCUGAAGGUGACACGGAGUGAAAUGGCAGAGCACUUCUUGGUGCGGCGCAGGUCACUGCUGGAGCAGUGCCGGGAGGAGAUGAAGGAGCCGGAGGAGACCCUGCUGACGGCGCUGGAGACGGAGCUGACUCGGGAGGCCGACACUUUCCUGGAGACCUACAGAAGGCGCUAUCAGAGUCAUGCCACCAACGACAGUGUCAUGGACAGAGCCCGCAUAGACCAAGCUGACUUUUUGAGGGAGAAGGAUGGCCUGUCCCAGCGCAUGGCCGACUGUCUGAAGGUGACACCGAGCGCAAUGGCGCAGCAGUUCGAGGAGCAGCGCAAGUCACUGCUGGAGCGGUGCCAGGAGGAGAUGAAGGAGCCGGAGGAGACCCUGCUGACUGCGCUGGAGACAGAGCUGACUCGGGAGGCCGACACCUUCCUGGAGACCUACAGAAGGCGCUAUCAGAGUCACACCACCAACAAGAGUGUCAUGGACAGAGCCCGCAGAGACCAAGCUGACUUUUUGAGGGAGAAGGGCGACAAGUCUCAGCACUCUUCCGGCUUUCGGAAGACGCCGAGUGCAAUGGAGGAGAAGUUGGCGGAGCCGCUCAGGUUUCUGCUGGGGCUGUACCGGAAGGAGAUGAAGGAGCCGGAUGAGGAGCUGAAUCAGGAGAGCAACAUACCACACUAUUAUCACAUCCUUUAUAUGUUAAAGGAGCUGUUUAAGUGGUUUUGUUCUCAAUUUUUGAGUUUGUUUAAUUUUUUAUUUUCUUUCUUCUGAGGCUGCAGAGCUAAGCAAUGACAGUUGGGGUGGGGAUGGGAGUGGGGUGGGCAGUAUUGUGACAGAUUUCUGUUACCGAUCUGCCUGAGACAUCAGUUGAUCAGGCCAAUGCCACAGGAUCAUUUUUGGAGAGAUGAUGCAACACACCAAGUGUCUAAUUUUAAAGCUUUAUGAAUAAAAUAAUAAAACAGCGGAGAGUGUGUUGGGAAUUUCCCACAUUACUGAAGGAAGGAAAAAGCAAAGUGUUAGUACCCCCAGCCCUAACCCACGGUCAUACUUACUCCUGUACUGCCCGAAACUGGCCAGGCCUGGGUGUAACAUCAUAAGGAAAGGAUGGGGAAGGGUGGAUGGGAAUGGUGUCCUGGUCCCAGGCCAUCCAAGGAUCCACUACCGAUCUUUGAGUUGCUCCAGCUUUCAGAAGAGUUUUAAGUCCUGGUUUCUUGGGGGGCGUUCCACUCAGAGACCUCUGCUUCUGGUGUUUGUGCCAGUCCAAACCGGCUCUCUGUGGUCUCUUCACUUUUCCAAAACAUCCCAGCUCCAGGGGCAUGAGACUCAGCUCCCCCUCUUGUCAUCUUGCCAGUGUUUUCAAUCUCUGCAUCCUUAAACUUUGUUUUCCUUCAUGCUGGCCUCGCUGUCUUGCAAGUCUGUUCAGCUGCAUCUGUCUUUCUCACAGCUAGUCAGUGAAUUCAAGGCCCCCCGUCUUUCUUGACAGGCAGCCAAGCGUCAGCUGUGAGCUUUGGCCGAGUAAGCUGGAGUAUAAAUUAACCAGUUCUCUGCUUUUUUCCUCCUUCCCCCUCUGGCCUUUCGCCACCUGCAAAAAAAUCUUCCAUUCCACACUCACACCUUUAACCCUUCCCAAAAUGCCCUGCAAUGCUUGCAACCACAUUAGCAAUAUACAGUGCAUAUACAAUGCUAAUCUGCCUCCCCCUGGGGGUCCCCUGAGGGAGGGGGCCAUUGGGGUGUAACACUACAACCAGGAGGUAUACUGGUGUGGCAGUGGGUGGCAACAUUGGGCAGAAGGAACCCACAAGAGCUGCAGACACCCUGUCAUAAACAUAAAGGGAAGGGUAAAGACCUUUAAAAUCCCUCC